AUGUUUCUUCAGUGCAAGAAUGCUGCAUUGUGCCGUGCUUUGUCACGAAACUUUCAGAUCCUAAAAUCAGUACAAACUUGCGUACCACGGUAUUCAACAAAGACUCCGAUUCAGGAAUGGGGUUGGAAUUAUCUCAUGCGACAACGGGCUUUAAAGCGACCAAUUAGUCCACAUCUCACUGUUUACAAACCACAGCUAACAUGGAUGCUUUCUGGAUUACAUCGUAUAACAGGAUCUGUCAUGGCUGGUACUUUAUUGAUUGGGAGUGUUGGUUUUGCACUUUUACCGUUAGAUUUCACCACGUUUGUUGAUUUUGUUCGAGGCCUCAGCCUGCCGUGGGUCGUAUAUGAUGCAUUCAAAUUUAUUAUUGCGUUCCCAAUAAUUUAUCAUGCGCUAAAUGGUAUUCGUUUUAUUGGCUUUGACCUAGCUAAGGGUACGGAUAUUGCUUCUGUUUAUCGAAGCGGAUAUUUCGUUGUUGGAUUAGCCAUCUUAAUUUCGUUAGCGCUGGUAGUGGUACCUCGAUUGGAGCAGCGUGGUUACGUAAUCGUGGAUGAACCAAAGAAGAAAUAG